AAGAGUCCCCCUCCCUCCCCAAUCUGUCUUAUCCUCUCAGUUCCUUACCAGGGAAAGCGCUGGUAGUGAUCACUUCACUUGACAGGUUUCAGGUGUCUUUCCUGCGCGGUUUUCAUCACAUUAUUCGGAGGAGAAAGCCUAAAAAUCUUUUAAACUAGCAUCAGCAAUUUUAGGAUGAUUACAGAAGACCUUGUCUGAUACAGAAACCUACCAAUGGACCCCACUUUUUAACAUCAAAAGAGAAGUUUAAAGCUUUUCUUGAAAGCAAAAUGGGCUGCUCUCCGUCCAAAGGGAAGCUAUUUUCAAAGCCAAGUGGACCUGAGCCUCCAAAUGCUUCUCCUGCUGAAGCAGAACCAACCAGCCUCAUUUCCACAACAUCACAACAUGACGUUGUUGAUUUGAAACCUGAUGAGGACGAGGAGGAGAGCAAAUGUUUGAAGACUGAUGAAAAUGAAAAUGAACCUCCACCAUGCGCAGAAGAACAACCUGUGAAAGAGACCAACGAUUCUCCCUUGGCCUCAAUCACAUCGGCUGGCCAAAACACAGAGAACAUUACAGAAAUAGAGGUGAUUGAUUUGCCACAAGAAAUACAUGAUGGGGUUGUACAAACAGCUAAGAUUAAAAAGAUGGAGAAAAGAAAGAAAAACAAAGGGAAAAAAAGGUCUUCGGAGAGGAAGAAGUCCUUUACUGUCCCAGUGAAGGUGGACUUCCCUCCACACAUGGUGAGAGCUCACCAGGCAGCCUACGCCUUUCUGAACCCAAACAUCUCCAAGUAUGAGACCCUGCUGGGUCUGCUCGACCAGGCUGCUCAGACACAGCUGUCCCUUCAGCCCAUGAUGUCUGCUUUGGUGCUGCGAUUUGAGGAGAUCAACCAGGCUCUGGAGGAAAUGGCUGAGGAGGGGGAGCUGAUGUUAAAGGAGCAUGGGGACUUUAUGGCCUUACCUUCAGGGAUGUUGGGCCCAGCUGUGAUGCAAACCAAACCCAGAAAUACCAUGGCAUGUCCCCCCGAGCCACCCCCAGAUCUGUUACAGCAACUGCUUCAGCAUUCAACAGAGAAAAUGAGGCUUGUUGGGGGCUCAGUCCAGGCUCUUGGUGAUACCACCCUUGAAGAAGCAGUGGAAUAUUUUUCUUCGCUUUCUAGACUUCUGUUUGAGAAGCUGCAGGCCAAGCAGACGGCAGAGCAGAGGUUGACUCAGGUGUUGGCACGGGUAGAAGGGGCUGCCAUGAGGAAGUCAAUCCUAGAGGACACAGCACUGCACAGUGAGGACAGUGGCAUCGGUGGAGAAAAUGAGAGUCUGCCAGGCUCUGAGAGACACCGCAACCACAGGGGGAGUGCUGGGUCAGGAAGUUGUGGGUCUGGAAACAAUGUCCGUUGUGCAUUUGAUACCCAGUCAGCUAAUUUACCCAACCUGGAAGAUGAUGAAGAGGAUGAGGAGGAAGAUGAUGAUGAGGAUGAAGAGUAUGAGGAUGAUGAAGUGGAUGGGCCUGAAAGAAAGAGGUCAAACUCCUCCCCACCAGAUCCCUGCCAAGCUCUUCUCUACAUGCGUGAAAAAUAUAUGCAGGAUUGGCAGCCUUCAGUAAAAAGGCCGCAGACUGCUGUCACUGCAUCCAAAGUUGAACGCUCUUCAUCUGCCAGAUGUGUGAACAUAAUGAUGGAGCUACAAAGGAGCCAGAGGGACUUGGACCAACAAAUAUCAAAGAUGGCUAAUUUCCGCGCACACAAAGACGUAGCAGGGCAACAGUGCAAGGUUUAUAGAGCUGGACUAAGAAGGCAUUCCUCAAGUGGAUCAGGAAGUGCACAAAAAGGACCCCUGACAACAAAUCAGUCAUCUUGUGUCUUACCAGCGUUGGCACCCCAACCCCCCAAACGGCCAUCAGUCAGAAGGUUGAUCAAUACCUUCAGCCAAGGGGUUGAUGGGAGACCAGGACAGAGCCUUGCUAAUAUUCCCCCUCAUAUCAGGAAGCCCAGGAAGAGUAGGAUCCUUUUGUUAUCCGACACGGUAAAUGGUAAUGAAGGGGUUUCAGGGAUCAAUGGAAACAAUAACAACAAUGGCUGGCCUGACGGUAGGGAUGAGCUCGAUGAACUCGACAGCCUACCACCUCCACCCCCAGAGGUUUUGAUGGAUGAUUCCUUCCAGAGUACUGAGGGUUUACCAGGUAAUGGGACAAGGACACUGGAAGAUUCAGUUAGGAGUCUCCCAAUGAUCAAUCAAAACACUGGAGUCUCCCAGCGCCUGAAGGCCUCUCUGCAAAAUGUGGAUGUGUUGCCAAACCGAGCCAGUGUGAGGUCAACACCUAAUAGCGUCAUGGCUAUCCAUCCUGUCAGUGAGGAUGCAAUGGGGGCACGAGAUGUUGAACAGCAACCACAAACUGAUCUGGAUCCAGAACUUGAGAAGGCUAACGCUUUGUACCAACAGGCACGCAAGAUCAUUCACCUGCGCAAUGCAUCUGAAAACCCGGACAACAGAAUGAGCCAGAAAUACGGCAGCAAUGAAUUUUAUGAGGGUGAGAUGACCUCUCCAAGCUUACCUGUGACCGCACCACCUGUCUCUAGAGUCCGUCUGCCGCCAUCUAGUUAUUCAGUGUGCCAGAGGUUUCCCACCCCGCCUGUAAACAGACCUCAGACGGCCUCUAGGUCUUCAUCUCGUCCAGGAUCUCCAAGAAAAGUGACACGUGCCACGGACAAAAACACUCAAGAGAUCAUCCCGUCCGUGUCCUUCCACGAUGCACGUUCAGUUUUCUGCCUGAAAGAAUCCCAAGACACCUGUGUCACACCUGGAGGUUCUGUACUUCCCAGACUAAUGGGGGAGGCCUCCCGAGGCAGGCUAACCACAAGAGGAACGGACAACUCAACCCGAAGAACCCAAUCAGAACAGAGGCCUGGUUUAGCCUCCAGUUAGGCCAAGGUGGAAUGAGCCUGUUGUCAAAAAAUAUUGGCCGAGCUGUCUUCUGAUGACGGGUGACGACGGCCAAUCGGAUACAAAUUCACCUGUGACAACAGCCAAGAGCCCCCUCCAUUGGUCGGGGGCUUCUAAAGUGGAGGGUGAAGCGUAUGGAGAAAGGGAUUAUAGAUAAUCAGGAUUGAAAGUUUAAAUGCCUGAUUGUUUUGUCCUUUCAGCUUUGAUUGAUGAGCUUUGUUCCAAGUGUGUGUUUAACAUACAUUAAUAAAAAUUAACUGAAGUGGUUUUUACGCUAUUGAACAUUUUUAUAACUUCUUGAAUCAUUUUCAGAGUUGAUAUCACUCUUAGAAGCCAAUACAUAAACCAAACGUAUUGUUUUUAUUCCUAAUCUACCUUUGAUGUAAAA